AUGUCCACCCCCUUGCCGACCGAUCGCCCCGAGGCUCCCACCGCGCCGACACAAGAAUCCCAGCCCGCGCGCAAUGCAGCCGCGCCGGCAGCAACAGAACCAGCCCCAGCCCCAGAACAAACACAGGAAGCAGCUGCAGUCGUAGAUGACGAUGAAGACUCGGACUUUGAUGAGCUAGAUGACGUCCUCGACGACUUCAACAAACCCAAACCCGCCCCUCCCGCAACCCAACCCGCACCCACCAACCCAGACCCCUCAACAGGAAUCACACCCCCAGACUUCGACGAAGAUGCCUUCCUCAAGCAACUCGAACAAGACAUGGCGAACAUGAUGGGACCCGACGGCGCAACCAGCACAGACCCCAACUUCCAAGCAACGGUCGACCAAGGCGCCGACGUCUUUGCAAAACAGCUCGAAGAGAGCGGGAUCCCGCCAGGCGACUUCCUCAAACAGCUACUCGCAGACGUGAUGGCCGAAGAGGGUGGUGCUGGUGCCUCGGCGGAGAAUCUUGCUGCUGCCGCUGCCGCGGCUGGUAUCUCUGCUCCUAGUACUCAGGGAUCGUCUAAUACACCAGCAGUAGGUGCGGAACAACCUGACUCGUUCAACGACGCUAUUAAGCGCACGAUGGGUCGGAUGAAGGAAAGUGGUGAUAAAGCUACUGCGGCCGCUAGUAAUGAAGAUGAUAUCUCUGAUGAUAUGCUGGCGCAGCUGCUCAAGGCUGUUGAGGCAGGCGCAUCAGGCGCCGGUGAAGAUGGUGAUUUAUCGAAGAUGUUUAUGGGGAUGAUGGAGCAGCUUUCUAAUAAGGAGAUGUUGUAUGAGCCCAUGAAGGAGUUGGAUGUUAAGUUUGGGCCGUGGAUUGAGAAGAAUAAGGGUAAUGGGAAGGUUUCGGCUGAGGAUAUGGAGCGGUUUGAGACGCAGGCGCGCGUUGUUAAGCAAAUUGUGGGCAAGUUUGAGGAGAAGGGGUUCUCGGAUGAUGAUCCUAAAUGUCGGGAGUAUGUGUGGGAGAGGAUGCAGGAGAUGCAAGCCGCUGGAAGCCCACCUGAAGAACUCGUGUCGAAUCCCCUCAUGGAGGACCUGGGAGGUGCGGUGCCUGGAGCUGGCGGAGUGCCUGAUUGCCCGCAGCAGUGA